GUCACGUGUGCUACUUUUGACCAGGAAAGGAAUACCGGCCAGCGUAGUUUUCUGGUAGUGGGAGCACCACCUCCGCACAGGCACCUCGCACCAGUGGAGACUGGUCUCAGCAGCACCUCACUCUCUCGCUCUCUCUCUCUCUCUCACUUGUAGUGUAGCGAGACCUCUCGUCCCAAGGAGGUAGUAACGGCCCACAGACAACCGCGCCGUUGUUUGUAUUUGAAGACUUGUUUCACUAUAAGCUAAGGGGGACGAACAAGUCCUAACAGAGGCGGCAAGAUGACGGCUGUCGAAACCACAAUGACUUACAACAGCUACGUGAUUCACCAGGAAGAGGCCUACAUGACCCAGGAGGAAGGCUGGGACAGAGACCUACUGCUGGACCCGGCCUGGGAGAAGCAGCAGAGGAAGACGUUCACAGCAUGGUGUAACUCCCACUUGAGGAAGGCUGGUACCCAGAUCGAGAACAUCGAGGAGGACUUCAGGAAUGGCCUGAAGCUCAUGCUUCUGCUGGAGGUCAUCUCUGGUGAGAGGCUGCCCAAACCCGACAAAGGCAAGAUGCGUUUCCACAAGAUCGCCAACGUCAACAAAGCGCUGGACUACAUCUGCAGCAAGGGAGUCAAGCUGGUGUCUAUCGGUGCUGAGGAAAUCGUUGAUGGCAAUGCAAAGAUGACCCUCGGUAUGAUCUGGACAAUCAUCCUGCGUUUCGCCAUCCAGGACAUCUCCGUAGAAGAGACCUCCGCUAAGGAAGGUCUUCUGCUUUGGUGCCAGAGGAAGACUGCCCCCUACAGGAACGUCAACGUGCAGAACUUCCACAUCAGUUGGAAGGACGGCCUAGCUCUGUGCGCCCUCAUCCACAGACACAGACCCGACCUCAUUGAUUACUCCAAACUGAGAAAGGACGACCCCAUCGGCAACCUGAACACCGCCUUCGAGGUGGCGGAGAAGUUCCUGGACAUCCCCAAGAUGCUGGAUGCUGAAGAUAUCGUGAACACCCCCAAGCCCGACGAGAAGGCCAUCAUGACCUACGUGUCCUGCUUCUACCACGCCUUCGCCGGGGCCGAGCAGGCGGAGACUGCUGCCAACCGCAUCUGCAAAGUCCUGGCCGUCAACCAGGAGAACGAGAAGCUGAUGGAGGAGUACGAGAAGUUGGCCAGCGAGCUGCUGGAAUGGAUCCGCCGCACCAUCCCGUGGCUGGAGAACCGCGCGGCCGAGCAGACCAUGCGCGCCAUGCAGCAGAAGCUGGAGGACUUCCGCGACUACCGUCGCGUGCACAAGCCGCCCCGCGUGCAGGAGAAGUGCCAGCUGGAGAUCAACUUCAACACCCUGCAGACCAAGCUGCGGCUCAGCAACAGGCCCGCCUUCAUGCCCUCCGAGGGCAAGAUGGUGUCGGACAUCGCCAACGCGUGGAAGGGGCUAGAGCAGGUGGAGAAGGGCUACGAGGAGUGGCUGCUCACCGAGAUCCGCCGGCUGGAGAGACUCGACCACCUGGCCGAGAAGUUCAAGCAGAAGUGCAGCCUGCACGAGACCUGGACCUCAGGCAAGGAGGAGCUGCUGUCCCAGAAGGACUUUGAGUCGGCCUCCCUGAUGGAGAUCCGUGCCCUGAUGAGGAAGCACGAGGCCUUCGAGAGCGACCUGGCCGCCCACCAGGACCGCGUGGAGCAGAUCGCCGCCAUCGCCCAGGAGCUCAAUGAGCUGGACUACCACGAUGCCGUCACAGUCAACGCCCGCUGCCAGGGCAUCUGCGACCAGUGGGACAACCUGGGAACCCUGACCCAGAAGAGGAGAGACUCCCUGGAGCGCGUGGAGAAGCUGUGGGAGACCAUCGACCAGCUGUACCUGGAGUUUGCCAAGAGGGCAGCGCCUUUCAACAACUGGAUGGACGGAGCCAUGGAGGACCUGCAGGACAUGUUCAUCGUCCACAGCAUCGAGGAGAUCCAGAGUCUGAUCACGGCCCACGACCAGUUCAAGGCCACCCUGCCCGAGGCAGACAAGGAGCGCAUGGCCACCAUGGGCAUCCAGAGUGAGAUCCUGAAGAUCGCCCAGACCUACGGCAUCAAGCUGUCCGGCAUCAACCCCUACACCAACCUCUCCCCCCAGGACAUCAGCAACAAGUGGGACGCUGUGAAGCACCUGGUGCCCCUCAGAGACCAAAUGCUGCAGGAGGAGGUGGCCAGACAGCAGGCCAACGAGAGGCUGAGGCGCCAGUUCGCUGCCCAGGCCAACAUCAUCGGGCCCUGGAUCCAAACCAAGAUGGAGGAGAUCGGCCAUGUGUCGGCUGACAUCACCGGCUCCCUGGAGGACCAGAUGAACAACCUGAAGCAGUACGAGCAGAACAUCAUCAACUACAAGUCCAACAUCGACAAGCUGGAGGGAGACCACCAGCUCAGCCAGGAGUCCCUCAUCUUCGACAACAAGCACACUAACUACACUAUGGAGCACAUCCGCGUGGGCUGGGAGCAGCUGUUGACCACCAUCGCACGGACCAUCAACGAGGUGGAGAACCAGAUCCUGACCCGCGACGCCAAGGGCAUCAGCCAGGAGCAGCUCAACGAGUUCAGGGCCUCCUUCAACCACUUCGACAGGAAGAGGAACGGCAUGAUGGAUCCCGAUGACUUCCGUGCCUGCCUCAUCUCCAUGGGUUACGAUCUGGGUGAGGUUGAAUUUGCCCGCAUCAUGACCCUGGUGGACGCCAACAACACAGGCGUGGUCACCUUCCAGGCCUUCAUCGACUUCAUGACCCGCGAGACGGCCGAGACCGACACCGCAGAACAGGUCAUGGCCUCCUUCAAGAUCCUAGCCUCCGACAAGUCCUACAUCACGGUGGACGAGCUGCGCCGGGAGCUGCCCCUGGAGCAGGCCGAGUACUGCAUCAGCCGCAUGACCCGCUACGUGGGCGCCGACGGUACCACCGGAGCCCUGGACUACAUCUCCUUCUCCAGCGCCCUGUACGGGGAGAGCGACUUGUAAUGAAGAGAGAGAAACGGCAACACGCAUCCCCCCCCACCACCCCCACCACCCCUUCUUCUUCUCCCUCCUCUCUCUCCUCCUCUUCCUCCUCUCCGUCUUUUCCCGCUCCUCCUCCUCCUUCUCUACUUUAUCUUCUACCCUCUCUCCUCUCUGACUUCCUCCCCCCUCGCUCCACUCCUUCUCCUCCCCCUCCAGCCCCCGUCACUCCCGAUAUGUUUGUGCACUCCCCGCCACUCCCGUAAUUACUCCCUGUUUCCCCCCCCCCCCCCUCACCCCACCUCCCCCCCCAUAAACCCCACUUUUACCUGAGACACUCACUGCGCAGACCAGUAGAACGGUAGUAGAGCAGAAGGCUUUGUUCACACACACACACACACACACACACACACACGCACAUACACA